AUGUCGGGGGAAAUGAAAAAGAACAAGGCAGAAGACUUCGAGGCGAUUCAAGCCUUUAUGCGUUUAUCCUUGGAUUCGAGAGAAGCUGGAGGUGGGACGACUCAUGAGCUGAUGUCUCUGGCAUCAUCGCCUCUUUGGCUAUGGAAAGAUCAGAAUCGAAGGAGGUUUCCACACAACAGCAGCCAUGAACUCGAUUCCCAUCUUCAGGUUUUCACAGUUAUCUGUCGGCGUCUCAAGGACGAUCGCUGGGGCGAGCAGAUCUGGGUGUGGAACCACCUACUCGAAAAUCAGAUCAUAUACUCGCACACCAAAGUCCUCGAUUCCAACCAUGCCCUACAACAGCUCCCAUUCAUCGCGAAGAAAUCGAAGCCCGCCAAAUUGCGUAAAGACCUCUGGCGACCCAUGGCGAUGAUUCAGUUCCCCCUGGGCGCCGGUGUGGCGGGGCAAUCAGCUUUUCAGAAGCUACGGGAAUUCCGACGACGACACGAGCUUGAAUGGGACGACAGUCUUUUUUUCGAAACGGAGCCAGACCCGACAACAGGAGAGAUGAAGCGCGUGAAGCUCCGCUCGCGUAUUGAGCGCGGCUACGCCAUCCACGACCAACGAGCCAACGCCAUCGCCGACAUGGCUGCCGUGCUAGCCGGUGCCGGCCGCGGGAGCAGAGUAUGGAUCAGCCCCGCGGAACGGAUGAUGCUAGAAGAAGGGAACAAGGAGCUGGAAAAUAAGCAGGAGGGAGAGGUGGACGAGGCCAGCAGCAGCAGGAACGACCGCAUCGUCGAGCUACGUGGGAAAAGGUGGUCUCCUGCCGCGCCACGCGAGGACGACCCGGACCGCGAACUGAUCAAGGCUACGGUGUAUUGGAUGAACGCUCAGGACCGGAACUACGCGGAGAAGUGGAGCGACAAUGUCACGCAUGAACUAUUCGAAGAGGCUAAAGCGGCAGGAGAGACGCUCGCCGAAACAGGGUCGGAACCUGGAACAAUUCGUGCAGAGCUUUCCAGCGCCUGA